ACCAGCCUGCGCUUUGUAAAACUUUGAUUUGUUUCGUCCCGCUUUUAAAGACAAGCUUUAUACAUGGGGGAUACGAAAAUUACUCCCGAAGUGUUGGAGCAACUACUACAGUUUUACAAUCUUACUCGUCAGGAGUUUAUUAAGACGUAUGAGAUUCAGCCGUUGGUUUACAUCCCUGAGUUACCGGCCAGCGCCAAAACUAUAUUUGUUAUUGUGUACACUGUGAUUUUUCUCCUGGCUCUCAUUGGCAAUAGUCUGGUUGUCUAUAUUGUCUUAAGAACGCACGGGAUCCAGACCGCCACAAAUAUUUUCAUCUGCUCUCUAGCCGUCAGCGACCUCCUGAUAUCUUUCUUCUGCAUCCCAUUCACUCUGCUGCAGAACAUCUCUUCUGAAUGGUUCGGGGGUGUGUUGGUGUGCAAAACAGUUCCCUUUGUUCAGACCACUGCUAUUGUGACUGGCAUUCUCACAAUGACCUGCAUCGCUGUGGAGAGGUACCAGGGGAUUGUACACCCUCUGAAAAUCAAAAGACAGUCAUCUGAAUAAUAGUGUUUUCAUUCCCUGUUAGGGGUUGUCUGGAUCGCAGCCAUGCUGGUUGGAUCUCCAAUGCUCUUUGUUCAACAUUUAGAGGUGAAAUAUGAUUUUCUAUAUGAUCUCCAUCAUGUGUGCUGUCAGGAGCGCUGGAGCUCAAGUGCCCACAGGAAGCAGUAUGCUACUUUUAUUCUAGUGUUCCUCUUCCUCCUGCCUCUUGCAGCCAUGCUGCUACUCUACACCAGAAUUGGUAUUGAGCUCUGGAUUCGCAAACAAGUUGGAGAUUCUUCAGUGCUCAAUGCCAUGAACCAAAGGGAGGUCAGCAAAAUAUCCAGAAAGAAGCGAAGGGCCAUCAAGAUGAUGGUCACCAUUGUUGUGCUGUUUACUGUCUGCUGGGCACCUUUUCAUACAGUUCAUAUGCUGUUUGAAUACAGUAAGAAAAACAAAGUGUCCGUUUCCUGA